ACAUGGAUAUAAUUUUGGGUGGCCUUGGAAAAGGUGGUUUCGAGAAGACCGGAAAUCACACGCUGGUAAUGGCCCUCGCUUGGGCCAUUCUCAAUGCUUAUGGCAAAUUUACUUCUACACCCUUGGUUAUAGCAAAGUAUGCGAACAAGCCUCAGAAUUAUGCUUAUCAAGCGGAGCUGAUCGAGGCUUUGCUGGUGCAUUUACAGGGUCGGCACUAUCGCCUCUACAUUGUAGAGCAGGAAACGCGGUUCGACAAUAGUACCUCUGCCGUAGGGUGGGGCGGUUUAGCAGUCGCUGGAGUUUGGUUCGUCGACAGCUGGCAGUCCUUCGAGGCUUUAGUAAUGGAUUUGGAAGAGCCGAAAAGCACAUACAAGCGCAGCGGAUGGUUCAUACUCGUCUACACCGGCAGCGAAGUAGAACGCUUAAAGACUGUCAAAAGUAUAUUUACGCGCUUGUUCGGACUCUUCGUUCUCCACGUAAACGUUUUUCUGCUAAUGGACACGACCGCCGUUGCCUACACCUAUUUCCCAUUUACGCCCACUACUUGUCAUUCGGCCAAACCCAAACUACUGCUAUCGUUUCGCAACAACCGGCCAAGGUUCAGAACCAAAGGUCAAGAAAUGUUUUUUCCCUACAAAUUGCGCAAUUUGCACGGCUGUGAGUUGUCUAUAGUGACCUGGCACGAACCACCAUUUAUAAUUUUGGAUCAAGAUCGGGAAAGCGGUCGCAUCAAAUCGAUCGAAGGUAUCGAGGGUCUGUUGAUCACGAUUUUGGCAAAAAUCAUGAAUUUCACCAUAAGAGUUGUGGAUCCACAACCGCGGGAUCGUGGCGCAAUUUUUGCAAAUGGCACGCUGACUGGAGUCACGAAAAUGAUAGCCGAAGGCAAUGCAAAUAUUACGAUCAUCUAUACAAUGUAUGAGAAAAAGCGCGCUCAAGUCAUGGAUGCCACAUUUUCGUACAUGAGCUUUCCCUUAAUGGUCGCUAUACCACAUGGACGUCCGCUCUCUCCGCUGCAGCGCCUUUUGAGACCUUUUCGAUUCAUCAUUUGGUCGCUGAUUGCCUCUAAUAUUGUGCUGGCCGUGCUUAUCAUAUACGCACUCAAAUUUCUAGGCAGCAGUCAGCUUGUUUCAUUUGUCUUUGGCAGCAGUAACCGCAUUCCGUUUAGCAAUCUGUGGGCCUCGCUAUACGGCAAUGUUAUACACAGUAGAUUACCAUAUCGCAACUUUUCGCGUUACCUCCUGGGCUUGUGGUUGCUGUGCACAUUGGUGCUACGUUCCGCGUAUUCCGGUCAGCUUUUUAUAAUGUUGCAGGAUGGACGCGCACUCACACCGUUAAAAUCAUUUGAUGAGAUAGUCGAGCACAACUAUACCGUUAACACGGCACCAGUAUUGACGGAGUUACUAAGUUCUGUGCUCGGCGAUGCGUCCAUUGGUUAUAUCGAUGGCGCUAAAAACACAAUGCCGAUGAUUUUGAAACGGAUCGCUCAUGGUUCCAAGGAGGCGCUGACCAUAAUCGAGCCGGCCUUGCUUUACUUCAACUAUCAGCAGGACACGGAGGACGAAAGGGUGGCAAUACUCCCGCAAAAGUUGAUAAUGACGCCGCUCACGAUGUACAUGCCCAAACAUUCCUUUCUGGUUUGGCCGUUCAACACUAUCAUUCUCUAUUGUAUCGAUGUGGGAAUAAUCGAUAAAUUUGAGCGGAGCUACCGCUUGGUCAACCAGAUCGGUGAAUCACAGGAACCGGUGAAGUUGUCACUGUUUCUGCUGCUGGGCAUAUUCAGCCUGUAUGGAGCUCUAAUGUUGCUGUGCAUUUUAAUUUUCCUUUUAGAGCUUUGGGCAGUCCGAUCGCCCUUGACUAAAAUGGUGUUGGAUUUCUUGAAUUAUUAGGUGAGUAUAUAGUUGAGGGUUACUAAUGGAUUAUUUGCAAAAGACAAGAUGAUAUUACUUAGAGAUGUAACCAAUUGUUCCUAGCUUUGUUAACACGAAUUGUGUGCAUCUGAAUAAAAAUCGCUUGCAUAAAAAUCUGAAGAGUCGUUACGAGUUAAUUGAAAUGAGAGGUGGAAGGUGUGGUGAGAAUUGCAAUUUGAAGUUGACAAAAAGUUGCAACCCAUUAAUGGACCACGAGAUAGAAGAUCAACUUACUUACUGUAUCUUUUGAUCCGCGUAUUUUCCAUGAAUCAUCUCAUGGAUGAUAAAAUAGAUUUUCCGGGGUUCCG